CUAAGAAACAAAUAAAAGUUUAUCCUCUCACAGCCUUCCUUCUAGCGUUCCCGGCCGCCGCCGCCGUAGCUCUCGCCUCCCUCAGCUCUUCUCGUCGCAAUCGCCGCCGAUCAGAGUAGAAAUGGGAGCCUGCGCGAGCAAACCUAAGGAUCUGGACUCACAGGAGGCCGCCGUCCCCGAGGCCCCUCUCUCCCCCAAAAAGCCCGAUCUGGUUCCGGCGGAGAACAACGGAGAAGAGACUACGGAGAAGGAGGCGGAGCCUCUGGCAGAUCUCGCAGAUCCGGCGGAAUCUAAGGCGGCAGAGGAAGUUGCUGUGGAUGCGGCUGUAGAUGCUGCAAUGCCGGCUGUGGCGGCCGAUGUUGUUCCCGCGGUCGAGACAACCGCCCCGAAGGCCGCCGUCACUGCCGCUGUCGAGGAAGAUAAAGCAGCGGAGACAAAGGCGGAGGAGAAGAAAGUGGAUGUAGCGGCUGAGGUGGUUGUUGCCUCCGCCGCGGAACAAGCGCCGCCUGUCGCCGCCUAAAUGUGAACGGUUGAUUAACCGUUUGGGAAUUGGAUUGUUACGAAUUUUAUUUUGUGGUUCCAUUUUAAAUGUAUUGAUGAUAUAUGUCGAGGCUCGAUGUAACAAUAACCCCAAAAAAAAUGAAAAACAAUAAUAAGGGAAAAUCCCAAAUUUAACAUCUCCUUUGCAUGCUUUUUGUAAGUUAAGGUUAACCUUUUGG